GGGUGAUGUAUGUCACCUUAAGGCUCUAAAUCAUAAGCCCACCUUGGUUCCAACUUCCAAAUACAUUCAACACAGAAAAUCACUCAUCAUCUCUCUUUUUCCUCUCUCACAUCUGGGCUAGCUCAACUCCAUUGUCAACUACUAAUAUUUUGGUUUUCAGGAGAGAGAAAAUGCAGUUUUUUGGAACAACAGAGAUAAACCCAUCACCUCCGGCGGUAACAGCGUCUGGAAACAAUGCGCACAUGAUGUACAUUUUCAAUAGAAAUGGGGUUUGUUUGCUUUACAGAGAAUGGAAUCGUUCACUCCAUACUUUGGAUGCUCAGCAAGAUCAAAAGCUCAUGUUUGGUCUCCUUUUUUCCCUCAAAUCUCUCACUGCUAAAAUGGAUCCUGUUAGUGCCGAUAAGGUUAACCUUGGGGUGCCUCAAUUGCCUGGCCAGGGGUGUUCUUUUCACAGUUUCCGCACCAAUACAUACAAACUUAGUUUCAUGGAAACUCCAUCCGGAAUAAAGCUUAUAUUGGUCACUAACCCUAGGACUGGUGAUCUACGAGAAUCAUUGAAGUAUAUUUACAACUUGUAUGUUGAAUAUGUUGUCAAGAAUCCACUUUAUACUCCUGGAACUCCAAUCAAGUAUGAGCUGUUCAACUCUACUCUAGACCAAUAUGUUCGAGGCCUGGGUUAAUGUCCAGAAGUCAGCUGAACCAGAAUUCGCAUCUAAUGCAGCAUCUGAUUAUGUACUUGCUUGUUAUAUGACAUGAAGUGACCUGGCAAACAAUUUCCAACUGUGAAUUCAUUAUCUUUGCGCUCUGCAAAAUAUUAACUUGAAAGUGAGCAAGAAAAUUUAUAGUGGAACGAGUAGAGUCGCUCAUUUUGCUUGUAUAUUGUCAGAUUCUCAAGUAUGUUGGGCUUCCUACAGAAAUUUACGGAAUAUUACACUAUGAAUAUGAGAAUCACAUCAUAUCUUAUAUUAAUGGCUGCUUUGACAGUUAUUUGUUCAA